CGGAAGUUCGAUACAUUCGGCGCGCGGUGGAACGCGGGAGACCCGCUGCUGUGCGAACGUUCUAGGGAGCCGGGCGCGCCUAGCACGUGCGGGGCGCCCCCCCGGAUCGGGCCCGCUAGCAUGGCUCAGCUCCGGGUGACCGAUUUCUUCUCCCACAGUAAGAAACCCGCCCGGGACGGAGCGCUGGGCACGCAGCGGAGCAAGGCCCGGCCCGCGGGAGCAGUGGCCCGGGAGAAGCGCCGGGCCGCCCGCUCCCAAAGCCGGCCUAACGCAGCCCCGCUAGCGAUCCCGGGAGGGAGCGGCCAUGAGCCCCGGGCGAGCCGCCGAGAAGCCAGCUCGGGAGCCACGCUGGUCGGACUGGAAAAUAACCGUAGGGCGGCGGUGAGCGCAGCAGCCGGGCUGCCUCCCCUGAGCCCCCACCAGCAGCAGCUGCUGGCCUCCCCCCGCACCCCGGUGCGCCCCGACCCCGGCUCCCCACAGCCCCCGGCACGGACACUGACCGGCAGAAAGCGGGGUAGGCAGGAGCUGGACCCUGACCGGGAGGCGGAGCGGAUCGCCGGGCUCCAGCCCCAGGGGAACAGCAGGAGAGCGGCCAGGAAGAAGCUGGUACUGCCCGCAGAUGGAGACCCCCAGGGUACAGAGCAGGAGGCGGCAGUCACGGUUUCCAGCCCCUGCUUCAGUGCUGCCCUCAGACCCCCAACCCCGUCCUCCCUUAACAAGAACGUGAAGAACCUGGUGAAUGUGACCUUCUCACCAGGUCCGGAGAGUGGGCUGCAGUCUGGCCUGGCUACACUAGAGGGAAACAUAAGCCUUAAGCAGUUUUCAUCCAAGGAGCUGAAACACCGCCUGCAGAGACUCCAGGAGCUGACUUGGAAAGCCAAACUGCCAGCUUGCCCCUCUGAGACCUGCAGUGACUUGAAAAGCCGCCUGAAACAAGUGCAGGAGCUAGAAUCCAAAAUCCGCAACAGGAAGGCAGAGGAGGGGAAGGGAGCUGGGCUGCAACCAUGCAAAGAGACCUGUGAGCCAACCGCAGAAGCCAGUGAGAGGGCACCUGCCUAUCAGCGAUUCCACACCCUUGCUCAGGAUAUUCCCCCAGGUCUCUCACUGCCCUAUAAAUACAAGGUACUGGCAGAGAUGUUCCGCAGCAUGGACACCAUUGUGGGGAUGCUCUUCAAUCGCUCGGAGACUGUAACCUUUGCCAAGGUCAAACAGGGUGUCCAAGAUAUAAUGCACAAGCAGUUUGAAGAGAGGAAUGUGGGUCAGAUCAAAGCCGUGUACCCCACUUCAUACAAAUUCCGCCAGGAGAAGAACGUCCCAACCUUCAGCAGUUUCUUGAAGAAAUCCAGCUACCAGCUCACCAUAGAGCCAGUGCUGGGGGAAGAGGAGAAGGUAGAUGGCCGCCUGCACCUGUCCGCAUCGCGCUUGCUGGAACGCAGGAGGGUGUUCAGCAGGAACUUGGUGAACAUUGUCAAACAGCAUCACAAGACAUUCAUGGCUUCCCUCAGCCCCCCAAUGGUCAUACCAGAUGACAAGCUGACCAGAUGGCACCCUCGCUUCAAUGUAGACGAGGUGCCAGACAUAAUACCCGCUGAGUUGCCCCAGCCCCCUCAGGUGGACAAGCUGACCACGGCGCAGGAGGUGUUGACCAAGGCCCGGAGCAUGAUGACCCCAAAGAUGGAAAAGGCUCUUGCCAACCUGGCUCUAAGAACAGCUGAAACCAGCCCAGGAACGCAUGAGGACCCCAAAGCAACAACCACGGCCAACGCCUCCAGUGCCCUGAAAGGGGUGUCCCAGGCCCUGCUAGAGAGGAUCAGAGCAAAGGAGGCUCAGAAACUGCAGGCUCUGAUGACCCGGAACCCACAACAGGAGGAGCGGCUCGUCAUGAUCUCACGGCUGCCAGAGAUGGCACGCUUCCUACGCAAUGUGUUCGUGGCUGAGAAGAAGCAGGCGCUGACUGUGGAGGUGGCAUGUACGCGGAUGCUCGACAGCUACCGUACCACAAUGACAGCUGGUGAAAUGGAGAAACACCUACACCUCUUCUCAGAGUUGCUGCCUGACUGGGUCAUCAUCCAUCCAAUCAGGAAAGACACCUACAUCAAGCUGGACAAGAGCAUGGACCUCAAUAUCAUUGUGGAGAGACUGACAAGGAUGAUUAAGGAGGAGGAGAAGCUCUGAUUCCGGGGGGGGGAGGCUGGGGGUUAGACCUUGAUAUUAAUUAGAUGUGCCUCUGAAUGUAGCACAAGUGGGGCCCUCUAAGGUCUUGCAGAGAACUCCCUUUUGGGCUACUUGUGACCUCACUGGUUUCUACCUAUGCACAGGAAACCAAGAAGGUAGACAAGCCUCUUUGAUCCUAAAGUGUUUGUUUGGCACAGUUCUGGCCCUCUCCUCUGGUCCUCAAACGUGAGGGCUAAAAUGUUAUGUUCACUACUGCAUGCCCUCCACCAGUAGGAGGUUGCAUUUGGCUUUCCCACCUAAAUUGCUCCUUUUUUUUAAGCUCUCACUGCUUAGUUACUAUGGGGAAACUUUGUACAACAAAUAAAACUACUCACUCCACAGUGGGAGCAGGGGAGUUUGAGCAUCUCUGGCUGGCCUGGCCUUAGUUACAUAAGCCAGACCCCCCUCUCUGAACAAUGAUGUAAUGUUUAAUUCCCUUGAACAAGUUUCCAAUGUGACAACUUGCCUCCAUUUCUUCCAUUAGCUGAAGGUGCUGUGGGGGUGGAUGGAAUCGUAUGCCAUUUCUAGUAAGUGAGAAAAAUGGAAUUUCCUUUGGAAAAAAAAAUAAUCCCAGGGGCUCUUUUUUAAUCUGUUCUGUUUUAGAGAGAGAGAGAGAGAGAGAAUAUGCAUCUAAGACUACUCCAACUCUCUGAUGUGUUCAACUCCAUGUACAUAUUGUUGAAAUGUGUUGCUAUUAAACUUCUAAAUGAUUGGCAGUAGCAGUCCUCUCUGCUUUAAAGAAAGCUCUUGCCUUAAACAGUGGGCUGCCUGAGGCUCCCUUACCUCCAGCUGUAGGUGCUGAGGUUUCUCUGCAGUAGAACUUUGUGAAUUACCAGGAGAGGGAAGGCUUGGGUUGUCAGCCAAUUCAUGCAAAGAGACUUCUUGGGGAAAAAAUGAGCAGGGGUUUGCAGAGAAAUGACUCCAGCUUUUGUACAUACAGGCUUGGCUGAGAGCACAGUUUAGUGCGUGUGGGGGGGUUUGGUGCCUAAUCAAAGGUUAGGCCUUCAAGGGAAGGGAACGGAACUGCUGACAGCUUUUGGCAACUGCAGCACAAUCUAAUUAGCACAAAUGAAGAAUGCUCUGUACCCCCUAACUGUUGGUUCAUGUACCACUUUUAAAAUGUGUUGUGAAUUGCUAGAACAUUAAGGUCCUGUUGAUAGAACCCUGUUCUGGAUGGUCCAUGCUGUAAGUCUGAGGGGGGACCCUAAACCCCUGCACUUACACAUCACUGAGGUGCCAUCCAGGCGGGUACUAGCAAGGGCUUUGUCAGCUCACCUGGCCUCAGGAUAUACAAAUACUGCUUGGAGGAGUUACCUCAGAGGUGCAGGUAAGGAACAAGUCUUCCUUGCCUCAAGCACUAGGGCAUGAAUGUGAGUUAUUGCUCGUUUAUACCAGAAGUACAAAGGGUGAGCAGCUGUGUUCUUUACACAGGGUAAACUACAGCCAGGCUGGCCCAUCGAAGUGAGGGAGCAGAUUCAGAAGGUGCCCAUUUGCCCCCAGAAUGACUGCAGGAGA